AUGAAAUAGAAAAAUAAGAAACCAAUCUCUGAACUUUUGAAGCAAAAAAGAAUAGCAGAGCAAUAAUCUUAACCUGUUUAAUAGCCCCCUUCACCUCCAUCUCGAUCAUCUUCAUCAUGCUCAUCUAAAACAUCCAAUCCAUAUGAAGAUAGUAGUGAUGCUGAGGAUUAUGAGGAUUACAAAAAAGAUGGUUAUCAUCCUGUUAGUAUUGGUGAUAAAUUUCAUAAUGGAAGAUUUUAGGUGAUUCAAAAAUUAGGAUGGGGGCAUUUUUCAACAGUUUGGUUAGCACACGAUAAAUAAUCUGAAACACAUGUUGCAUUGAAAAUAUAAAAAAGCAAAUAGAGUUAUCAAGAAAGUGCCAUUGAUGAAUUAGAACUUUUGAAGGAUUUGUAGAAGCAUUUGAAAGAUGAAAAAUGGAUUUAGUAUUAAGAGCAAUUAUCACAGAUUCCAAAGUUGGAUUACACGACUUUAAAGUGGUAUGAUCCAAAUAUCAAAAACACAGAGCAAGAUAUGGAGAUUAAAGUGAAAUUGAAUGAAACAUAUUGUGUGGAAAUGGUUGAUAAUUUUAUUCAUUAUGGGAUGCAUGGAAAACAUUACUGUACAGUUUUUGAAGUCUUAGGACCAUCCUUAUUAGAUUUAAUUAUACACUUUGAUGAUUAUGAUAAAAGAAUGGGUAUGUGGUUAGUAAAAUAAAUUACAAGAGAACUCUUAAUUGGAUUAGUGUAUAUGCAUGAAGUAUGUAACAUCAUCCACACAGAUUUGAAACCAGAAAAUAUUAUGCUUUAGUUGAAAUCAUAAAAUUUUGGAGAAUUUGUAGAAUAAAUGAAAAUGGUUAAAAAGAAACCAAUAAGUAUGAAAUUCUUGGAUACAUUAAAAAAAUCAAUGAAGUCAACUAAUAAAAAGUAGGAAAAAAGAAAAAAGUAGAAAUAAAAGAAACUGUAAUAGUAAUAAGAAAAAGAUUAGUAAGUUUAGAAUGAAUAAUAAUAAAGUGAAUAACUUUAAGAAUAAAAAUUAAAGGAUACAUAAGUACCAAAUUAAGAAACAAAUAAUAUUACAAUAUAGCAAUCUGUUUAAGAAGAUUAAUAAUAAUAAUAAUAAUAAUAAUAAUAAUAAUAAUAAUAAUAAUAAUAAUAAUAAUAAUAAUAAUAAUAAUAAUAAUAAUAAUAAUAAUAAUAAUAAUAAUAAUAAUAAUAAUAAUAAUAAUAAUAAUAAUAAUAAUAAUAAUAAUUAAUAGUGUAAGAAUGUGUAGAUUAAAAUUCAACAAAUGUAUAAUCAACUUUAACUGAUACAAUUACAGAGGAAGAUACUUAAUAAAUAUAAAUUAUUGAUAAUAGUUAAAGCUAAGUCGAAAAAUAGGAUAAAAGUGAUAAAAAUAAUUUGGAAUAAGAAUAAAAAGAAGAAACUCAUCAUAUACAUAAACAUAGAAAUUUACAAAAAGAGAAAGAAAAAGCAUUGAAGGAUAAAAAGAAAAGUCAUAGUAAAGAAGAAGAAGUUUCUUCAGAUGAAGAGGAUGAUUAAGAUUGGAAAUCGGAUGAGGAAAGUGAAGAAUCAGAAUCAAAGGAAGUAGAUGAAGAGACCUUGUAUACUUUGAAAUGGAAAGAGCAUAUUAAGAUAAAGUUAGAUCGAGAUCUAUCAAUUAAAAUUGUUGAUUUUGGAAAUGCUUGUUGGACUCAUAAACAUUUUACAGAUAAUAUUCAAACGAGAGAAUAUAGAGCACCUGAAGCUAUAUUGGGGAUCGAAUAUGAUACAAGCACAGACAUUUGGAGUACUGCUUGUAUUGUUUUUGAAUUACUUACAAAUGACUAUCUAUUCAGACCUAAAAAGGGUAAAGGAUUUAAGAAAUCAGAUGAUCAUUUAGCUUAAAUGCAGGAGGUUUUAGGGAAAAUGAAUAAGAAAUGGGCAUUGAGUGGUUCUAACAGUAGAGAAUUCUUCAACAAGACUGGAUAAUUAAUUAAUAUCAAAGAACUGCAUCCUACAUCUAUUAGUAAACUAUUAAUGAGUGAUUAUGGUUUUUCAUAUUAUGAAGCAAAUCAAAUAGAAGAUUUUCUUGUGCCGAUGUUAGCAUUUGAGCCAAAGAAAAGAGUGACAGCCAGAUAGGCGUUGUAGCAUCCUUGGCUCUGGUCUAAAUGA